AUGGCGAUGGAAUCAGGAUUGGUAUCAAUAAUUUCCAAGAAGACCAUCAAACCUUUCUCUCCCACCCCAUCUGAAAUACUAUUGCACAAGCUUUGCCUUCCUGGUCAAGCCUUCACUCUCAAUUAUAUACCCUUGGUAUUAUUCUACCCCAAACAUCAAGUAGAUACCAUUCCGAAUGGACCUAAAAAUUUAUCUGAAUUUCUAGAGAUCUCUUUCUCAAAAACUUUAGCUUCUUACUAUCCAUGGGCAGGACGCCUAAAAAAUAAUGCCACUGUGGAAUGUAAUGAUUCUGGGGCUGACUACUUUGAAGUUCAAGUUAGUUCUCCAAUGGAUGAAGUUCUUCAUCACUCGGAUUCAAGUAUUAAGGAUAUAGCCACAUUUCCUCAAGGUGUACCUUGGGCCCGUGACUGUUUGGUCCAUCCUAGUUGGGCUUUAGCCACAGCCCAACUUAGCCAUUUUGAGUGCGGAGGAAUAGCAAUCAGUGUUUGCUUGUCACACAAGGUGGGAGAUGGAUGUAGUGUCUACUGGUUCUUAAGGGACUGGGCCGCCUUAACACGCGAUCCCAACCAUAUCCUAUUAUCUCCAUACUUUGUCCAGGAUUCUAUAAUACCUUCACCAUCUGAUUACGGUCCUCUUGUUUCCCCGGUGAGUAAAAUAAAACAAGAAUGUGUAGAGAAGACUUUUGAUUUUUCUGCCUCGAAGCUAAGUGCCCUCCAAGCCUUAGUUGAAUCUGAGGCAAUACAACAUCCCACGAGGAACGAGGUUGUCAAUGCACUUGUUUACAAAUGUGCUGCUAACGCGGCUUCUUCAGCCAACCCUCAUCAGCUGGUCCAGUAUAUGAAUAUCCGAGAAACUACUUCACCUCCACUACCACCAACCUCCAUUGGGAAUAGUCUAACCGUCUUCUCCACACCAAUUCAUAAAGGAGACCUCGAGUUGGACAAAAAAUAG